CGCAUGCACUUUAAUAGUGUUGUGCGUGCAAAUAUGCCACAUGGACGUGCAUACCAUACAACAUCUGAUGACAAUCGAUUUAUUUGAUGUUAUAGGCUAGACACUAAAAAUGACCGCAGUGUAGAUUGCACUAUCGCUCAUAAAUCCAGAAGUAAUUGUUUUUUAAUGUAGGCUGUCUUGUGCUUCUUCACAUUUCACGAUUGGCCAACAUCAUCCCAACAUCGAGAAUGCGCACAGAUAUGAGCUGAAAGCCUAGUUUGACAAAUAUAUCACAUAACUGCUAUAGUAGUAUCACUUGACGUAUACUCCUGAGUCAAGGCUUUGUGUAGCCGCGAUAUGUCUAGAUAGCCUAGAUAUGUCUAACGUGCUUCGUAGUAUACCUCACAGGGGACCCAUUUGUUUGUUUAUGUCUUAGGCUACUGGUUUAUGUAUGUUCUAUGUACCACACUGGUUGCCCAGUAAGCUAGUACGGGUGUGCUGGUGUCUUUCGCUGCUCCUUCUGGGAUGCUGUUUGUGUGAAGCGCUUUGAAGUACACUUUGUGCAUGAAAAAUGUGCUAUAUAGUAAAAAUACUUUACUUAUUCCAAUGGCAAACAGGGAAAUGUGGGAUGGACAGGAAAUCACAAUCAACACCCCAUAGCAACAUGGGGUUCGAGUCUCUAGAAUGUGUUACACAUGUCUGCAGAAAGAAAUGCCCUAUGGUCAGAUGCUCGUAAUGUUCAUGAGUGUAAUUUGUCUUUUAAAGCUUUGUUUACUUCAGCUAUUUGAGCUGCCAAAUGUUGGAUGUUAUUUUGUCUAUGCACUAUAAGCAGACAGCUCUUUGGAUCGCUUGCUUCUGUGAGCACUGCAGUGUCCUAUCGGCCAAGUGUGCGCCCUAGCAACCCUCCCUCAGUGUUUCUCGCCAGUGUUGGGAGGAAGGGAGGGAGGGGUGUGUUCUCCAGGGUCUGUCAGCACAGUGGCCCCGCCCCCUUCCUCUCCCUCCACCAGUCCCUCUGCUCAGUCGCAGGCUGACCCUAAACUCUCGCCAGUGUGCGCUUGGAUCCUCCUCGGCUUCACAGCCUGGCUCGUCCUUGCCGCCUGCCCGUCAUCUCCAUGGGGGCCCCUACAGGGCUGCUGCCUUUCCUGUCUUUCCUCCUGACGCUGCGUUCAGGGUUUGCUGGUGAACCUUGCAGGGGAUUCCAGCACUUGGAGAACGGACGCACGUUCUUUCGUUUCAAAGGAUUGUACGUCACGUUCACCUGCAAUCCAGGGUUCCGGAUCCAUGGCCAUCCCACAAGCAGCUGUGUGUCAGGCCAGUGGGCGAGAGAGCCUCCCGUGUGUGUAGCCUCCGGAUGUCCCAGCCCUGGUGGGGUUCAACACGGCAGCAGUGAUGUUAAUGAGGACCGCUCAUUUGUGGCCUUCAGCUGUGAUGAUGGCUACAGGCUCUAUGGCAGUUCACUUCUCUACUGCAAGGGCAAAACGUGGAGCAACCCAAAGCCUGUUUGUAAAGAGUCAGAUAUUAUGAGCUCCUUCAAACAGAAACCUGUCAUCCUGUCCAGUUCUAAUACGGAGAAGAACCCAAGACCUCAAUCCAACCUGAAAGACCAUUUAAAGUCUCACCACAACACUGCCUCUAAGGAGGCCUACCUGCUGGUUGGCUCCCUACCCAAGUCCCACCUCUCUGAAAGACUGCUGUUGAAGCCCAAGAUGGCACCACUACAGAGGAAACCUGUGAAGAAACCGUGGCUUCAGAAGACUGCAGCACACAGGGAAUUGAGCCCUGGGGUCUGGAAUCUGGAAGCCACUGAGAAACUCACUCUACCCCAGCAGAUGGUGAGCACUGCUAGCCUCUCAACACCUAGCUCUGUCUCCAUCUCACCCACAGUGACACCUCCUGUGUCGCCAGCCACGGGCACCAGGUUCGCCGAGUCCAAAAUAGAUGGCCAGGUACCUAAGAGGUCCGACGCUGGUCCAACAAGAGCUGACGCACUGCUGCAAAAUCAAAGUGAAGGGGAGGACGACCCAUCUUCUACAGCACAAGGCCCACCAGAAACACACACAGGUGGACUCCUGUCUGUUGAUUCAAAAACUUCAACACAGACUCAAAUAUCGGAUGGGUUCCUGAAUACAAGAAAACCUGUCAUUCUCAGUACACCAACACCACAUCUGAGUGUGAAUGUUAUGUCGGUCACCAGCACCUCUGCUUAUGCAGAAACGACUGUGGAUUCCCAAAGUAAAUACCCCCCAAAUCUUCCUACUCCCUACAGUCAGCACAGUGCUGUAAUGACCACAGAUCACCUUUCUGAGUAUUUGAUGGACAGACUAGAGGGUCAUCCAAAUACCAGGCAAACGGUACUCAGUUUAGGUGACCAGCCACCCGUGCUGCCAGUGGCAGAGAAUAACACAGAGGACGUCGUACAUGAAGAGGACGUCGUACAUGAAGAGGACGUCGUACAUGAAGAGGACGUCGUACAUGAAGAGGACGUCGUACAUGAAGAGGACGUCGUACAUGAAGAGGACGUCCUACAUGAAGACGCUAAAGAGCUGUGGGAGCCACCAGAGAAUGAGGAAAAGUCCGAAGGAAUCGCGCACGUUGCAGUGACCAGGUCUGAAAACCACCCAGUCUCUGGAGCUGCAAUACCCUCUGUUGCCCCAGCAGCCUCCAGACUGACCUCAGACCUGUCCCCGUGCUCUUCAAACCCCACACCCAUCAGCGGCACGUCCCCUCUCCUCACUGAUCCAGAUGCUGAGGGGCUCCGGUCGCAGGGGGGUCCACCAGGACAGACCAGCUGGGGGUUACGGCCGCGGGUCGAGGUGCAAACAGGGGCCACCCACCCACGGCCCGUCCAAUCAGAGGCUGAGGCAGCAGAAGGGACGCGUGCGUCAGCGCUGAGACUUGCUAGUCAACAGACGUGCACACAAAGCACCUCACCAAGUGCAAAUGCGCAAAUUGCCCCAGCCACAAAAGCUGACAGGCCUAAGGGCAGCAUGGAGGCUCCUUUGAACUUUGACCCCAAACAUGGCCAUAAAGAAUCCCAUCGACCUGAACAGGACCCUGUUACCGUGACUCCACUGGACUCGUUACAGAGAACACAAACGCUCCCAACCAACAGUUCUAGCAGCCAAUCACAUGCAGGAUACAGCCUGGCACUUUCUAGCUCUGGAGACACUCCAAGCGUUGCACCCUCUCCUCAUCUAGAAGCUUCCACCAAAGCCCGUCCGUCUGAGCUGCCAAUCAGAAGAGGGAGGCCAGUGUGUCCAUACCCUCCGCUGCCCGCCCACGGGACCUUCUAUUUCCGUACGAUCGAGAAGCCGGGCCAGCUGCAAUACAGGCACUACAUCCAGUACGCCUGUUACCCUGGCUACACGCUGGCCAAUGGGGACGUGCACAGCUACUGCCAGCAGAAUGGCACAUGGAGUGGAACUACGCCAGCAUGCCUGGAGGUGACGCCAUGCGCGCUGAAUAACGGCGGCUGCUCUCAGCUGUGCGGCGCUGGACCACAACAGCGGGCACUGUGCCAGUGCAGACCGGGCUUCAUGCUGCUGGAGGACCUGCGCACCUGCAGAGAUAUAAAUGAGUGUGUGGAGGAGCGCCACCAGUGCCAGCAGGUGUGUGUCAACACACUUGGCUCCUUCAGGUGCAGCUGUAGAACAGGGUUCCAGCUGAACACAGACGGACACACUUGCAUGGACAUAAGUGAGUGUGUGUCGUCAGGGAAGCCGGCGUGUGAGUGGAAGUGUGUAAACCUAUCAGGAUCUCACCGCUGCGUCUGCCCAAGAGGGUUCCGACGGCACACAGAUGGACGCGGAUGCAUUGAUAUUGAUGAAUGCAAGUCCAGUAAUGGAGGCUGCUCCCAUAGCUGCAAAAACAUGCGAGGUGGCUACAAAUGUGUCUGCCCAGUAUCUCAUCGUAUGUCUCCGACCAACUGGAAAAAAUGUCUGGCCAAUAACGAUGGGGCGCAGCCUUCCUGAAAUCUCUACUUCUAUAACAUUUCUCUGAAACUCAUUCUAAUAAAAAAAAAACACAAAAAAAAUGGUUGUCAGCAUAACAAAAUACCAUUCAAACCAACCACCACAUUAUGUCCUGUAAGUAAUAUUUAUUGUUAUUCUUUGUGUUUCAUAUUUGUGUUAUAAAAUCAUGUCUUAAUGAUGUUACAUAAAUCAGUUACAUGAUAUGUGUCUGUUAACAAGUUUUCUAAAAAUCAUAUUUAAAUUAAUGGUCUGAACCAACCAACAGAAAAUAUUAGAUCAGUAACUGUCAAAUAUAUAUAAAUAUAUUGAUUCUAUGUUUGAAUGAUAAAUAUUAUGAAGCAUUUAUGUCUUAUCAACAGCCAUAGAACAUGACUGGUAUCCAUCCAAGUGUUCUCUUCAGUUUAGAAAACGAAGGUCCUUUUAUAUAUUUAUAGUUAAUAUAAACUAAAUUUACAUUUAAAAAACACUCAAAAGCCUUGAUAUACUAUGAAAGUAACCCACAAAAUAAACUAAUACAUAAACAUAUAGUCAUGUAUGUUUGAUUAUUAACUGGCCUGUGUAACCCAAACUAUGGGACAAUCAUGUGUGAUGAUUUCAUCCCAAGAGAGCAGAAACAAGUCACAUGAAUUCCUCUGCUUUUCUGCUACAUCUACCUGUAAAAUUCCAAGCAGCAUUAUCCCACAUGGCAUUACAAUCCUUCAUUGCAGUCUUAGCCUAACUUCAGAGUGUUGAAUAGUUGAGGUUUCAUUGUAUUUUAUUUGUCUGGAAUUAUUAAAGUCUUUUCUAGCA